AAUUGAAUAUCAGAGACAAAGAAAUGAACUCCCUUCGUUUCGAAGUGAUAGCUCUGUGCUGUGUGGCGAUUGUGCUUGGAGCACUACCCUUCUCCUCAGAUGCACAACUAGAUCCCUCGUUUUACAGUUCUACAUGUCCGAAUGUUCAUUCCAUUGUGCGUGAUGUGAUUAAAAAUGUUUCAAAAUCAGAUCCGCGUAUGCUUGCAAGUCUCAUCAGGCUCCACUUUCAUGACUGUUUCGUUCAAGGCUGUGACGGUUCACUUUUGUUGAACAACACCGCUACGAUCGUGAGCGAACAAGGUGCUUUUGCAAAUAACAACUCAAUAAGAGGUUUGAAUGUUGUGAACCAGAUUAAGACAGCUGUUGAAAAUGCUUGUCCUGGCGUAGUUUCUUGCGCUGAUAUUCUUGCCCUUGCUGCUGAAAUAUCUGUUGUUCUGGCAAAUGGUCCUGAUUGGAAAGUUCCUCUGGGAAGAAGGGAUAGUUUAACAGCAAACCAAACUCUUGCUAAUCAAAAUCUUCCAGCUCCUUUCUUCAACCUAACUCAACUUAAAUCCGCCUUUGCUGUUCAAGGCCUCAACACUACUGAUCUAGUUGCACUCUCAGGUGCUCAUACAUUUGGCAGAGCUCACUGCAGCUUAUUCGUUAGCCGAUUAUACAAUUUCAGUGGCACUGGGAAUCCUGAUCCAACACUCAACACAACUUACUUGCAAACACUUCGUGCCAUAUGCCCCAAUGGUGGACCUGGUACUAACCUUACCAAUUUUGACCUAACCACACCUGAUACAUUCGACAAGAACUACUACUCCAAUCUUCAGCUUCACAAGGGCUUGCUUCAAAGUGACCAAGAGCUAUUCUCAACUUCAGGUGCAGAUACCAUUGACAUUGUCAACAAAUUCAAUAGUAACCAAACUCUUUUCUUUCAGAGGUUUGCGGCAUCAAUGAUAAAAAUGGGUAAUAUUGGAGUGCUAACAGGAUCUCAAGGACAAAUUAGAAAACAAUGUAACUUUGUUAAUGGAAAUUCUGCUGGACUUGCUACUCUGGCCACCAAAGAAUCUUCAGAAGAUGGCAUGGUUAGCUCAAUCUAAUUGAUCUAACAAAUUAAAAGAAUGUAACAAAUUGCUGUCCAUAUAUGCUGGAUAUGUAAUGGAGAGAUGAAAAGGUAUCGAAUAAAGAGUCGUUUAGGCACAUACAUGACAUCUGCCUGUGGUGGAUUGUGAGAUGUUUGUACUUUGUACACCUUGGGUCACCUGUUACUACUCUGUUUGUAAGAUUUGAUUUCUUAUGUUAUGAGAAUUAUGUGACAUAUAAU